UUCCUCAUUAGUGAGACGCUCAAAUCUCACGCUUCAGUUUGUGUGUAUUAAACGAAACCAUGUGUCUGCACCGUUCAUUCACACAGAACACAGGAUUCCUGUCUAAAUAGUAUUUUGUGGCUUAAUGUUUACACACUUGUUUACUUUUGAUCACUUUAUUCAAACUUCAUUCCGCAUUCUUCAGUAAUUCUGUUUUUUAUGAUUGGAUUCUCUGAGUCCGGCCAUGUUUUCUCCAUCACAGACAGCUGUAGGCCCUAGUGAGUGUGAUUGUCUCCUCAGAGGAGGAGGAUGAUGAUGAUGAAGAGCUCCUGUAGUGUGGUGUUUGUGGGCCGUGUUUGCAUCCAGUCACGUAUCGCCGGCUGAAGUCGGUCUCGCCCUUCAGAUAGAGCUUAUCUCCGGCCCAGCGUCCUACUGAAGAGGUUCGGUACUGAUGUGGGAGUGAUCGGAUCGGAUCAGCGCUGCACCCGAAUGAUGAGCUUCUCUGGAUCGGUCCUGCACUGGAAGGCUCUGUGGCAAACAUGUGUGUUGCCAUGGUAAUUAUUCACACUAAAACACUGGAAAAGAAGGCCGUCGAUGAUGUAACAUCCACCGAGUCUCUGCAGCUGCAUGAGCCGCCGACCAUGAGCCAGGGGACGGCCCUCUUCUCCUGCGGGAUUAUGGAGUCUGGACGCUGGCCGGAGGUGUGUGUCCAGCAGCGGGCCGUGGGCUCCAGUCUGGAGAGUCUGUGGGACAGUGUGCGUGAGACGGGCGCCAGCGGCGGGAUCAGCGGUCUGCUGCGUGACCUGAGUCUGAGUGAAGCGCCCUCUUCUGGCAGCACGGCUCCGCCCAGUAAACGUCAGUGCCGCUCUCUGUCCUGCUCCGAGGCGCUGGGCGGCCGGUCCUCGUGGCGUCCGCAGGGCUCUCGCGUCUGGACGUCUGUGGAGAAGCGGCGCUGUCUCAGCGGAGGGAGCGUCCAGCGAGGCGCCUUCGCUCCGGCAGGGUUUCCCAGCAUGCAGCGCAGCUCCAGCUUCAGCCUGCCGACUCACAGCAGCGAGCUUCCGGAGCCCUUCUCCUUCUCUGCCUCUCCGCAGUCGCUCUACCUCUCUCAGGAGCGGGUCUGCCCCGCGGAGUCCUCGCCCGACUCCACGCCCGAGCUGCAGCGCCGCACACAGGGCCUCGCCCGCAGCCAAUCACAGCCCUGCGUACACAACCUGAAGAAGAGCGGCGUGAAGCGCAGGAGACCGGCUGACUCACACAAACACAGGCCUUCACUGGACCUGCUCAAGAUGACACAGAAGCUGCAGGACUUUCACAGUCUGAGCUGUCCAGGAAUCACCGGAGAAGAGAGUGACCCCACGCUGGAACAGGCCAAAGACCACGCCGUCAUCCACCAAUCAGAGGCCAGCUGGGCGGUGGGGCGGAGCAACGGGAAGGAGCGCGAGUGUCUGUGGGCGGGGCUCUGCAGCCGGAGGGGGCGGGACUCGUUCCAGCUGGGCGGAGAACUGGACAUUGAGCAGAUCGAGAGGAACUGAUAUGGUUGGUUGAUCAUGGACGAGUGGACACGGGACACAUGUAACUGUCUCAGGGUGAAGCAGACGUCUUCAGAGCGUGAGCCGAGCGAGAAACACUCGUGCUCACACACACACACACACACACACAAACACACACACGUGUUAAAGGGCUUCAGAUGUGUAACAGUAGUAAUAUCAGGUAAUUGAGUUCCUCACUGGUGAAAAAAGCUAUUAGAUCUAUUUUUGUCUUUUUACGUUGAAUAACUACAGAAGUAAAUGUACUUAUUUCUCUACAAAUAAACAGCAUUUAAUGUGUUUGUAAGAGCGCUGUGCGUGACUGAUCUUUCCUCCUCUAGACGUGAUGUUUUCCUGAGAGGAAUAAACCUCAUUACUGUG